GUCAACGGUUUGUUUAUGUUUCAAAACCUUAUCAGUGAAGUGAAGAAAGUCAAAACUUUUUAAAUCAAAUUAAUUAAGAAAAUGACUUUAUACUUUGAUUCCAAAGUACAAUUUUUAGACUCCGAUGCUGUUAGCACCAUCGGACGAUGGCAUCCAAAUGAACCGAUAUUCGCAGUUGCUUCUUAUAGUCAAGAUAGAGGUGGCUCUGUGACAAUAUUUGAUGAUUCUGGAGAACCACUUCGUGAUAUAUCCUAUCCAGUUCAUCCAAUAUCACAAGCUACUGCUCUAAGUUGGCAUCCUGAGAAGCGAUUAUUGGUAACUGGUUGGGAAAAUGGUGAACUACAUGCAUGGUUCGAUGGACAUCGAGAAUUUGCAAGUGUUCAAGGUCCACACAAAGCUCCAAUUAUUCUUUUGGAAUUUAGUGAAAAAGGGGGUCGAAUGGUUACUGCUGACUCUGUGGGAUUACUCACUGGUUGGCGAUGUGAUGGACAAUAUCAGUUUCUUACAAUGUUCUCUCAUGAUUUAAGAGAUGCCUUGUUGAAUAUAACAUUUCGUAAGUCAGUUGAUAGCCCGGUUAGGACGGAGCUUACAAAUCUAGCAAAAGCAGCUGUCGCUGGAGAUGAAACAGCUCUAGAUACUUUGACCAAUUGGAGACCAAGAACAGCAGCUAGGAAUUUAACACAUUCGGGUGUUAAAGACAAUCAUUGCUUCUAUGUUGGGACACAGUCUGGAGUCAUAUUUUAUAUCAACCAGGGAGGAACAUGUUCAGAGUUUUUGAAAAGUAACACAGUUCCAAUUAUACAGGUUCUAUGGCAUCCAAAAAGAGAUGCAAUUAUCUGUCUUAUGGAAGAUAUGACCGUAACUCAUUUUCUCGCUGAAUCUUCUGGAACUCUAACAGAACUCGAUCGAGUUAAAUUGAGUGGGAAAAUCCCCGGCAACAAUGGUUUUAUCUCUUGGGCAGGAAAUUGUUUGGCUAUAAUAACAGGUGAUUUUUCAAUUCGAAUUUGGGACAUUGACACCAGCGAAAACUUUUUGUUGAAAAUGGAUUUGCCCAGUUCAGAACGUCCAACAACAGUCACAUCACCUGGACCAAACUCUUCAUCAACAGGUGCACUUGCAACAGCAGCAGCAGCAGGUGGUGGUGAUUCAACAUCAGCCACUUCCAGUUACGUACAAAAAUACCAAAAGUCCCAACAUCACCAGCAGCAUCAUCAACGCCACCAGAGCAAAUCCGGAAACGAAGUAUUCACCUGCCUCGCCUACUGCCCGGACAACCAGACACUGUGUGCCGGCACCAAUCAAGGCAACCUGUACACCUGGAAGCGAACUGUUAAUUACUUUGUCAAUGCACCGGAAAAUUCGUGGCAAUUGAACAAUAUAUCAACAGUACGGGGUGCAAUCAAGCAGUGCUUUUGGGGGGUAAAUGAGCUGGCCAAACCGUGCAUCAUGAUUAAUUGCAUAUCAAACGUCUACGUGUUGAAGGAACAACCUUUGAUAUCCUGCCAUACACGUGACAUCUGGGCGGUUCAACGAAGCGCUAAUCAGAUCUACGUCGAGCAUUCGACCGGCAAAUCAACUCUGGUACAAGCUGAAAUCUCGAUUACAACGCUGGCAUUGUCAGAGCAGCACUUGGCUUUGAGUAAUGGUCGGACCAUUGUUGCGUAUAGAAUUGGAAAGAUUGUUCUCGAAGCAUCAUCAUCCACGGAUUACAGUAUUGUUAAUAGUUCGACGACACUGGAUUCGGGUGAUGGUGAUGGACUAACCAUACGAUUGAUGCAAACGUUCAGUUGUGAGUGUUUGGCAUUGUUCAUGCAUGACCAAAGUAUAUUUUGUCUCACAUCGGGUGAUGUGAAGAUAUUUUCCAUUGGUGGGGUGAUUCUUAACGAGAUUCAGUCGAGUGAUAGUGAAGGCAAGAUUAUUGGCUGUGACCUUACCAGCAAUUACCUGACAAUAUUUACAAUGAGCGGCUACAUCAAGGUGUUCGAUGUAACACGUCACGACCCCAAACCACUGAUCCAUCCAAAAUCCGGCUAUGAUUUAUUUGAGAAUUUCGGCGAGGUAAUUCUGGCUAAGUGCAAUGCUGUGGGCAGUCAUCUUGCUGUGGUAAUUGCCAAUGAGAGUCUCAUGCCCGACGGACGAUUGUACUGUUGGGAUUUCGAAAGGGAUAUAAUGCGUCAUUAUGAUUUCAUGACCGAUACAGAGGAAUCUGUACCAAGAUUGCCAAUUGUAUUCUUUUGGGAUACAGAUGAUAGUCGUUUGCUAGCUAUCGAAGCACGUUCGAUUGCUCAGCAAGCACAAUACCAUCAACGCAGGAAACUACAACUCCAAUUGCAACAACAACAACAACAGAAACAACAAGAAAAAGGAGUCAAAGAAGAGGGAGAUAUGGAGUCGAAUGCAUUACUAUCAUCAUCAGGAGCAAAACCAAAGGCAGUCGUCGCUAACGCCACUAAUCUGGAAGACUACAAUGAGACACAAGCAAUUGUUAUGUUCCACGCUGCAGAUAAAUGCACCCUUAAAGUGCUGGAGAUGGUUAAUCUAGCAUCUGGAGAGCAAUUAGUCAAUUUGUGUGCACCGAAUGUGAUAACUUUAGACAUUAGCGUUGUGAAGAAACGAUCCCUGCAGGACUUUAUCGGCUUGGAGAAUUGCGAUGAGAAUACACGCAAAAUGGUUUUGAAUUUUAGUUUAAAUGUUGCCGAGGGCAAUAUGGACUUGGCAUAUCGUUGUAUCCGUUCGAUACAAUCCGAAGUGGUUUGGACUAAUUUGGCAAAGAUGUGUGUUCAGACAGGACGUUUGGAUGUGGCAAAGGUGUGUUUGGGUCAUUUGAAAAAAGCUCGGUCUGUUAGGGCCAUUCGGCAAGCGAUGGAUGAUGAUGAUUUGGAAAAAGAUGCAAAAGUGGCAGUGUUGGCGGUGGAGCUAGGAAUGAUUGAAGAAGCACAAGAGUUAUACAAAAAAUGUGGUCGUUUUGAUUUGCUGAACAAGUUGCUGCAGAGUUGUGGAGCUAUUGAUGAGGCUCUGAAAAUUGCUGAAAAAGGUGACAGAGUGCAUUUGAAAAACACUUAUUUUCAAAAGGGAGAACAGCUCAAAGAAGAGGGUAAUAUCAAAGGAGCAUUGGAGUUUUUCGAAAAAAGUCAAAAUCCUGUGCAAAAUAUCACUCAAAUGCUGUUGGAUCAUCCAGUUGCAAUGAAGCAAUACAUGCAAACAGCUAAAGAUCCUAAGAUGCUUAAAUGGUGGGGUCAGUACAUUGAGAGUACUGGCGAUAUGGAUGGUGCUUUUACCGUGUAUCAAAAAGCUGAAGAUUGGUUUUCACAGGUUAAAAUUCUGUGCUACCUUGGUCAGAUUUCAAAAGCUGAUGUCAUAGCCCGACAAUCUGGCGAUCGAGCAGCUUGUUACCAUUUGGCACGUCACUAUGAGAAUAUUGGAAAACAUCAGGAAGCUAUACAAUUCUACACCCGCGCUCAAACCUACGCAAAUGCUAUUCGUAUUUGCAAAGAAAAUGAUAUGCAAGAUGAGCUUUGGACUGUUGCAAGUUCAGCUCGUCAGCGGGAGAAAUCCACAGCAGCAGCGUACUUUGAAGAAGUUGGUUCAUACAAACGAGCUGUCGAACUCUAUCAUCGUUCAGGAAUGUUGCAUAAAGCACUGGAAAUGGCAUUUGCAUCAGAACAACCUGAUAUUUUACAAGUCAUUGCUUCAGAACUAACACCCGAAUCUGAUCCUGAAUUAAUCAAUCGUUGUGCUGAGUUUUUCACUACCAUCGAACAACAUCAAAAAGCUGUGCAUUUGUUAGCAAAAACCAAGCAAUUUGAAAGAUCGCUAAGAAUUUGCCAUGACAAAGGUGUUCCUAUUACAGAAUCACUGGCAGAAAUGUUAACUCCGACCAAGACAGAACUUGAUGAUGAGUCACGAGCUCGAAUUCUCACUCAACUCGGCGAACUUCUUCAAGAACAAGGGGAUUACCAUUCAGCUACUAAAAAAUUCACUCAAGCUGGUGAUAAAAUUCGAGCUAUGAAGAGUUUACUUAAAUCUGGUGAUACAGAUAAAAUUGUAUUCUUUGCUAACAUGUCUCGGCAGAGGGAAGUCUACAUUAUGGCAGCUAAUUAUUUACAAGCUUUGAAUUGGCAUAGAGAUCAGAAGGUUUUGAAAAAUAUUGUUACAUUCUAUUCCAAAGGACAGGCUUUUGACUCACUUGCAAACUUCUAUGCAACUUGUGCGCAAGUCGAGAUUGAUGAGUUUAGGGAUUAUGAAAAAGCCUUAAAAGCUAUGCACGAGGCUGCCAAGUGUUUGGUGAAAGUUCCUCAUUCUCAGAGGGCUUCUGAUAAUUUGCAAAAAACUAUUGUAGAAGUGAAGUAUGUUUUGGAUAUUCAAGAAGCCUUAGAAAAUGGAGAAAAUCAAGCAGUUGUAGCUGGUUGCAGAAAUAUGCUAAUUAAACCAGAAAUUCCUCCGAUUCGACAUGCUGAUGUCUUAGCUAUGCUUGUUAAAGCUUUAGCCAACACAAAGCAAUAUGUUGAAGCUGUUGGAGCACUAAGAGAAUUAGCACUUAAAGAUUCAACUUGGAGUAGCAGAGGAUUAAUUGAAAAGGAAACUGUUCAAAAACUAGCUGACGAGUGUAAUUUGGAUUUUAAUGUUAUUUGGGAAUCAGGCCGGCGAAAAGCUGAUGUUACAGUUGAAGAUGAUGAUGAAGAAGAGAUUAAAGAAGAAAUCAAAUAAGUUAUUUUGUGUACGAUUACUAUAAAAAUAAAGAUAUUUUACUAAUAA